AUGUUUUUGUUUUGUAGGACAACUAAUGGUAGUGGCGUUCCACCAGCUGCUGCCGGUGGUGGUGGUUCGAAACGACUUGCUCAACAGCAAGCUCAAGUCGAUGAAGUUGUUGAUAUUAUGCGACAAAAUGUUGAUAAGGUGUUAGAACGUGACAAAAAUUUGUCACUUCUUGAUGAUCGAGCUGAUAAAUUACAACAUAAUGCAGCUCAAUUUGAACAACAUGCAGGCAAAUUAAAACGAAAAUAUUGGUGGAAAAAUAUGAAGAUGAUGAUCAUUAUGGGAGUCGUGGGCAUUAUUUUUGCCAUUGUGGUGAUAGCAUGGAUUGGAUCGAAAGUUAAAGCAGUGACACCUGUUCUUCCAUCCGGUGGUGUAACAACAGCCAUUCCAUCGGUAAAUAAUGAUUUAUCAAAAGUACCCGGUGGUUCAAUGGAUGUUUCAAGUGGCGAUAAACUAUCAACAAGACGUCGUGGACGUAGUCGUAAAAAAACAACACCAGUAUCAGUCACUACUAUUAGUUCAGUAGCAGCACCAUCAAAUGAUGAUGAACAAGAACCAUCAAAUACAGAAGAUGCAGCAAAAGCCGCUAUAAAACGAGUUAUUCGUGCACUCGUUAAUAGGCAAUGA